UUGAGGUUGCUAAUUUAUAUAAAGGUUGGGAGAUUGAGAGAAUGAGAGAGGAGUGCAAAGGGAAAAGAAUAGAAAUUGAUCGGAAAUCAAUGGAGAAAAUGGAUGAAAUGUCGACGGAGGUAAAAAGGCAGAUGCGCCUUGCAAUGCCUCUUACAAUUGCAAAUUUGCUUAUGUUUGCCCUCCAAUUCGUGUCAAUAAUGUUGGUGGGCCAUAUAAAUCACCAGAAGCUCGCCGGCGCCUCCAUAGCCAUUUCCUUCGUCAAUUCCAUCGGCUUCUCAGUGCUCAUGGGGGUAAGUUCUGCAUUAGACACCUUAUGCGGGCAAUCUUUUGGAGCAGAAAACUACAAGAUGGUAGGCUUACAUUUACAAAGAGCAAUGGUGAUAUGUGUACUAGCGAGCAUUCCACUUGCCUUUGCAAUGGGUUUCUCUGGUACCAUCCUCAUCCUGCUCCGCCAAGUCCCAGAAAUAUCAAUGGCUGCUCAAUCCUACGCUCAGUUGAUGAUACCUUCACUAUUCGCCUUCGGCCUUAUACAGUGCAUCCUCAGGUUCUUGCAAGCUCAAAAAAUCGUGGUCCCCAUAAUGCUUGGCGCUGGAAUGACAGCAAUUUUUCACGGCGUCAAUUGUUGGUUCUUCACGUUUAAAACAGGGCUAGGUUAUCGAGGAGCCGCACUUUCAGUAUCAUUAUCUUAUUGGUUCAAUUUGUUGCUAUUAGUAAUCUAUGUUAUUUUUUCUCCUUCCUGUAAAUCAACAUGGACUGGAUUAUCUAGAGGGGCUUUUCAUGGCUUAUUGGACUUCCUUAAGCUUGUCAUACCAUCAACUUUAAUGGUUUGUUUUCAAAACUGGCAAUUUGAGUUAUUGUUGCUGCUUGCUGGACUUCUUACAAAUCCAGAGCUCCAAACAUCGUUAAUGUCAAUCAGCCAAAAUAUUUCUUCUGUUGUGUAUAUGAUCCCACUGGGCGUCAGUGGAGCAGUUAGCACCCGAAUAUCCAAUGAAUUGGGAGCAGCAAAUCCAAGGGCUGCUGUGCUUGCCGUAUUUACUGCAGCGAUAAGUAUAGUUGUUGAAGGUCUGGUCGUGGGAUUUGGGAUGAUCGGUGGACGGCGAUUGUGGGGACAUGCUUAUACCAGCGAGAGUGAAGUUGUGAAUGCUGUGGCUGCAAUGGUUCCAUGGAUUGCUCUAUCGCAUUGCAUAGAUGGUUUCCAAUGCGUGCUUUUAGGCACAAUUCGAGGAAGCGGAAGACAGAAGGUUGGGGCUUUUGUUUGUCUCGGUUCUUACUACCUCGUUGGAAUUCCAGCAUCUAUACUUCUUGGUUUUGUAUUCCAUUUGAAAGUGAAGGGUCUUUGGAUUGGAAAUAUAUGUGCAAUUUUUGUUCAAGACAUGGUGCUUUUCAGCAUGACAGUCUUUACGGACUGGGAGAAACAGGCUAAAAAGGCCGUGGAAAGAGCACAACUUUCUGAGAGAUCAUCAAACUUGCAAGCGUCAGACCCCACACGUUGGAUAUCAAAUAUCCAGUCAACAAGAUUUUCCUUUUCCAUGUCGAUUGAUGAAGAAGAAUAAAUUGUUUCAAAAAUUUCUGAAAUGGAGGAUGGGAAAUUUUCUUCCUUAUCACUUAUAGACAUAUAUCUAUAUCUAUAGAGAGAGAGAGAGAGAGGGAGGGAGAGAGAUAGAGAGAGAGUAUUUACAAACUUUUGUGACUGUAUUAUAAUUUUGAUGUAUCUAUGCAUGUUAUUAGUAAAUAUUGAACCA